AAAUGUCCUAUCCUUUCAACAUUCUCUUACUCCUUUAUCAACCACAAGUUCUUCCCUAAAACAUCAACACCACUCACUCACUCACUUCCAUGCCAAAUUUCUAUCCACUCCACCCAAAAUAAAAUCACAAAAAUCCAUUCUAUAUAAAUAAAAUACCCACAUAUAAAUUAUAUUUUACACACACAAUAAUUAUACGUUACCAAAUAUGUUUUUUCACAUUAAAAAAAAAAGACAAAACAUAUAAAUAAAAAUACAUGAAAAAGUGGAAGAAGUGAAAUUGAGAAUAGAAUAGAGUAUAGAGAAAGAGAGAAAGAGAGAGAGAUGUUAGCUAAGGAAUCAACGGUUGGAUUCGACCUUCCCGAGGAAGUGUUGCAACUACUGCCGUCCGAUCCUUUUGAACAGCUCGACGUGGCCCGAAAAAUCACCUCCAUUGCUCUCUCGACACGUGUCUCAUCUCUCGAAUCUGAGUCCUCUGAUUUACGCGCCAAACUCGCCGAUAAGGAUGACGUCAUCGCCGACCUUCAGUCCCAGAUUCAAUCUCUCGACGCUUCUCUUUCCCAAACCACCGACAAACUCGCCGUAGCCGAACAUGAAAAGGAGAAUUUAGUAAAAGAGAAUGCGAUUUUGAGCAACCUAGUUAAGAAGCUCAACAAAGAUGUAUCGAAGUUGGAGGUGUUUAGAAAGACGCUUAUGCGAUCACUCCAAGAAGAUGAUGAUAGUUCUGGUGGAGCUCCUGAUAUUGUGGCUAAGAUAAAAAACCAUCCCAGUUUAUCUUCUUCCUCACAAAUUGGAGAAGAUGAUGCCUCAGGUAUAUCUAGAACAUCUUCAAUGCGGAGUCAAUUCUCUGAAGUAGGAAAUUCAGUUUCUGAAGAUCGUGACACAGAAGUUACAAUGGCAACCUCAAGGCCUCGCGUAUCACCUGGUCUCCUCUUAGCAUCCCAGACUAGUACGCCUCGUCUAACACCUCCUGGAUCGCCUCCAAGUGUCUCUGCAUCGGUCUCCCCAACAAAAACAUCUAAGCCCGUGUCCCCAAGGCGUCAUGCAAUCUCAUUCUCAACUUCAAGAGGCAUGUUUGAAGAUAGGUUUGGUUCUGCAACCUCAGGUCAUUAUGGAGCCGAUCCAGCUUCACAUACCGCAAGAACCCGGGUUGAUGGGAAGGAAUUUUUUCGCCAAGUCAGGAGCCGAUUGUCUUAUGAACAGUUUGGUGCAUUCCUUUCAAAUGUGAAGGAACUAAAUUCUCACAAGCAAACAAAAGAGGAGGCUCUACAAAAGGUUGAUGAGAUUUUUGGUCCAGACAACAAGGACCUUUAUGCUAUAUUUGAGGGAUUGAUAAGUCGUAAUAUCAACUCAAAUGCCCCACCACCACCACAGCAACCACAGUUGGUAACUUAGUUUUUCCAACUUCAUGAGCUGUUAAAUAUGAAAUGAAACAAAGUAGAAUGUAAUGAAAUCAUUCUUUUGAACCCAUCACUUCUUCAAGUUUGACCCAAAUAAAUAUUUUGUCUAAGCUGACUUGUUCUCACACUUUUGAGAUGAGAGUGGGGAGUUUUUUAUGUUUCUUUAGAGCUUCUAAUCCUUGUUUAAAAAAGACAGAAAAGAGUACCAAUUUUCAAACUCUAAAGAUGUUGGUGGCAAUAAUAUGAAUUUGUUGUAAA